GCAGGGGGAAAAUUAGCACGGGGAAAUAGUUUUUACUUUGUGUAAUGACCCAUCCACUCCCGGUCUUUAUUCAAGCCUAGUUUAAUGGUGUCCAGUUUGCAAAUUCAUUCCAGUUUUGCAGUUUCUCGUUCGUAGUUUCUCGUUUUGAUGGAAAGUCUCCAAGCUGCCCUAUUUGGAACCUAUUCUCCAUGUCGGCCAUGUCUACACUAGAAAAUUGUGCUAUUUUAAUGACUCCAGUAUAGCUGAAGUGGUACAGGCGUUAUACCAGCAUGAAGGUGCUUAGUUAGAGCUGUUUCUGUAAGGGAAGAGGAAUAACUAUACUGGUAUCAGGCACUUUUAUACUGAUAUAACUGUGGCCUCGUUUGGGCUUGUACCAGUAGAACUAUAUCAGUGAACAAACCAGCCCCUUCAUCAACAUGGUUAUCGUGGUACAACCUUCAAGUGUAGACAAGCCCUUCGUCUGAAAUGGCUCAGAUGUGGGCAGACUGCAAAGCCCAUUUAUUCAGCCACGCCUUUGUGGAGGGAGGGACACGCUAGAAGCGAUCAAUUAUGUGGAAGAGGGUGAGAAUUGUUGGGUUGGCUUCUCCUGUGCACUGUUAGCGUUGGCACAGGGGUGUGGAGCAGCUGCUGACUUUACUCUGGAUUGAUUGUUGUUUUUAAGCAUUGCCAAAGGCCUAGGCCAGGUGCUUGUAUCCACAGUGUUAUAAAUCUGAAUAAAUAAGCAAUAGAAAUCUGUUUAUCGAGUUGAGCUGUCACAGGUGAUUAACGCUGGGGCAUACGCCCUCCAUGGACAAUCCUGACUCACUUCUGCCUGUGAAACUCGUAUUCUGCACAUGCCUCUGCUUAUUCACCCCGACAACACCUCAAAUUCCUGCCCUGUCGUGGGGAGAACAAUCACAACCACAGGCAAAUGAUAUGCUUUGCUGGAUGCUUCUUGCAGUGACCAUCUUGCUCAACCGACUUUCAACAAGCCAUCUGUGCUGCAGACUACAACGGCCCGGGAAACAAUGCUCUUUGCCACUGUGUAAUAAUUGCCCACCGCCUUUCAUGACACCAUGUUACAAUAGGGGGUUAUACUGGGUGUCUGCAUGCCUGGGGUGUUAUAACAAGCUGCUCUGCUCCUUGAAGAGUCUGGAGGCCAGGAGCCAGCAAGCCCUGUUCGAUUGUCAGACACAGAUGGGAAGGGGUCAGGGGGUUACUAUAAAAGACUAAGAGAAUACAAUUGGAGGUGGGCUAUAGGAAGCAGGUGGGUUGCUGUGGCCAGCCCUGGAGUGGAGAAGAUGCAAGAGGAAGAUCCUCUAGAUACCUACAACUUGCUUUGGUCAGGAGAAUAGCUUUGUUUUGUACUUGAAUAAUAUACUGAACUCUGAGAAAGGGGCCUGAUCCAGGCUCUUGGGCUGAGGGACAGGCCAGCACGCUGCAUGUAUAUUGUAAAGAAAGAGGCUCUGUGAAAUUCUUCAGAACUACCAUGGGGUCACUAGGCUCUGCUGUUGUCAUGCAGUUGUGGUUACUAGUGGAGCUGCUAGUGUUGUUUCAUUUUAGUAGCACAAUGGGUUUAAUGAAAGACUAAUCUUUAAUUCCUGGAAACUCCAAGACAACCGGGGAAGGCUGGCAACCCUACAGAUCAGGUGUGUGGCAAUGCAGAGAGGGAGGAGAGAAAGAAAGAUAUGAAGAUGGAUGGAUGAGGGGGAUUGACCCUGAGGUAAGGAGCCUUUUGUUGCUUGGACACUCCUACAUCUCCAAUCCAACCACAGGGUGGGGAGAGUGGAUGGCUCAGAAAAGUGAGGGGGGGAGGAAGGAAAAGGAGUUUCCCUUGUUAAAUAUAAUUAGAGCCACAAUACAGUCCUAUGUGUCCACUAGCAGUAAGAAGAAUGUGAGUAGUUAGUGCUUUAUUUAAUUUUGAUUUUAUUUGUGCUGCUUCUCGGCUCCUUGGAGCUAAGAUCCAAGUGUAGUGUCUGUUCUUAUCAGUUUAAUUUCUUCUGAUGGACAUCUGUGAACACCCGUCCUGAAGAUGGAAUCUCCUGCAGCCAUUUUUGAAAAAAUUGAUGCUGCUUUGAAGAUAUACUCCACUCCUGCUAUUUCGGAAGAAAACUCUAUUUCACCUUCAGCUACACUGUUGUCAGCUGCUGCUGUUCCUGUGUUCUCUACUUCCCAGAAAGCUCAGCGGAAACCUAUCCCAAAGACCACCCUUGGUGCUUCACAGAAGACCCGGACCACCUGCAAGGAUGAAAACAUUCGGAGGUGGCUGAAGAAAACCCCCAUGGAUACCUCUGCAGGGAGACCUAGCACCCAAAGGACAGCUCUUCGGGACCUCACAUCCAGGAGCAAGAAUAUCUCAACAGCUCUUCAGGAGUAGGACCUCUGGAAAACCCUGCCUGCUUCCCAGGACCAGGAUGUGAGCGCUGCCCUGCUGCUCCAGAGAAGGCUGCCACCAGAAGAGUCCCCCGCCGACGACCCAGGACCAGGAUGCUGAUGGCUGCCCCGCCAGGAAGGAUGCCACCGGAGGAGCCCCCCCGACUGACCCGGGACCAGGAUGCUGAUCGCUGCCCCGCUGCUCCAGAGAGGGAGGCUCCGGAAGGAACCACCUCCUCAACCCCAGACCCUGACACUACUUAUCACCCAGCUGUCCGGAGGAGGGCCGCUCGAAGGGGAAUGCAUUUCAGAGCCCAAGAUCUCGAUGCCGCAUGCUGUCCUUCCGGGCAAAGAGACAUCGUGGCCAGUGAGUCCAGCACCCCCCCAAGAGCGACUUCACCCCCCCAAGCUUCUCUACCAGACCCAGAGGAAUCACCUGGCGAGUCUGCAGGCCCAACAGAGAUCCGCCCCAUGGAGAGUGAGGCGGGGAAGAAGACCGCAUCUACCUCCAGUACCCGCUCCCUACAGGUCUCCUCCUCUGCCUCUUCUGUCUCCCUGUCCAUGGAGUCCAGACCCUCGCGGCCCUCAGCAAACACGUUCGUAAGACCUACAACAAACGGAUUGCUUUCCGGUGUACCGCUGCGAUCUCCCCUUCGAGACCCAAAGGAAAUGUAAGUUCCAUCAAGCCACAUGCAAGGGACCCCCCACGACUGUGAAGGUGAAUCCCACUGACAUCCUGCGGGUUCCAACCCUGACCCCCACUGAUGGUCUGGCUUCAGCACCCCAGCCAGCAUCCCCAGAGUCACAGCAGAUAAGGGGGGACCAACCGCCAACUGAGGGAAGCGUAACCCCCGCCUCGAGGACUGACGAUGCCACCAAAAGGACCAGUCCCGUCUCCAGAAUCCCCAUGCUGGACCCUGCUGUGAGGGGGACCACCGCCACCUCGCAAGUCAGCAAACUCACCAGACGCCUCAGCGACCUCAUAAAAACCAUCCGGCACAACACGGAAACGAGAUGCUGCAGCGCUCCCCCACAGGUAACCUCAUGCCACCCUGCCGUAGGAGCAACUAGCACUGCCCCCCAGGCCACACGGCGAGACCCAGCCAACGGAGGAGCCUCCCGCAGCCCCCAGAUCCCAUGGCCGGACCCCGCUCCCGGGAGACCCAACACCUCCCCCAAGGUUACCCAAAGAGCCUCCGACCGCCAAAAACCCCAUGCCCCACCGAGGACCCCCCAGCUGGAUGCAGCCCGCAGAAGAACCAGAACUAUCCCCAGCGCUCCCAAACACGACCAUGCCCCCACAAAGCCCAGCACCGGUGCUUCCAGAACCCCACUCCCUCCCGGAAGAUCCAGCGCUGUCUCGGAGACACCGAGAGCUGCCCUCCCCACCACACCAGGGCCCCCGCCUCAAGACCCACCUGAAUACUGCUCCCCAGUCCGAAGGACAACAAGGCCGCAGACCGUCCUUGCAGCACCGGAACCUGCGGAGACAACGCAGCAGAAGGAGCGACAGCCGCGAGCGAGGGUCGCCACGCUGUGGCAAUCCGCCUGGAUGGAGGAGCUGGCAAAGGCUGAGGACUUCGAGAACUUCGACACCCUGAUGGACAACUGCCUGGUGAAAGCCAUCGCGCCACGCCUCGGGGAGAUCUCCGUGAACUGCACCAUCCCUGGUACCGACACCCAGCUACGACCUGAUGUGGUCAUCACCAACGAGGCCCAGAAAAAGAUCAUCCUCGUCAACGUUACAGUCUCCUUUGAGAACAGGACCCCGGCAUUUCGCGAAGCCUGAGGUCGUAAGCUGGAAAAGUACGCCCCCCUGGCUGACACCCUGAGAGUGAAGGGCUACAAGGUGCAGAUGGAUGCCCUGAUUGUCGGAGCCCUGGGCACCUAGGACCCCUGCAACGAGCGUGUGCUGUGGACCUGCGGGAUCAGUCAACGCUAUGCACGGCUCAUGCGAUGCCUCAUGGUCUCAGACGCCAUCCGAUGGUCCAGGGACAUCUACAUCGAGCACAUCACCGGCCACCGACAGUACCAGGAGGCGUGAGACAG